AUGGUUUCCUCGCUGGUAUCAACGCUAGCUGUCGCUUCGACUCUGUCGAGCAUCGCUCUCCUGGCCCCAACUGCUGAUGCUCACCAGAUUGUGCUGCUCCCGGAACCCCAAUGGACGACGCAAGACAAGGACACCAAGUACAACCCGCUGGCUUUCUUAGAGAACCAGGGCUUUAAGACGCAGCAGGAUUUCAAGGCCUGGCGUGAUGAAAACGGCUACAAAUCGCUUCGUGACUUCAUGGACAGAGCCAAGUACGACGUGACCAGCGGCGCCGACUUCUCGUGCGGUUUUACGGACCCGAAGGGGACGCCGCAGCCUAUUCCGGCGGGUGGCGCCAUGCGAUCGACUGGUUACACGCACGACGGACCGUGCGAAGUGUGGCUUGACGACAAGAUGGUGCUGGAUGGCGACAACUGUCACGAGAAGUUCCCAGGCAAGGACUACACUGUGGACUACUCGUCAUGCAAGGGCACAACUCGUACUCGUGGCAGGUGUACAAGGCCUGCAUUCCGCUGA